AUGGCCGAGCGGCGCGGGCCGGCGGUGAGCGGCGGCGAGGAAGUUGGCAGCGGCCGGUGCCCGCGGCUGCCGCUGCUGCUGGUGCUGCUGUGGGCGGCGGCGCUGCCGGCCGGGGGGCAGCUGCCGGCGUCGCAGUACAACGGCGAGCGGGGCAUCUCCAUCCCUGACCACGGCUACUGCCAGCCCAUCUCCAUCCCUCUCUGCACUGACAUCGCCUACAACCAGACCAUCAUGCCCAACCUGCUGGGCCACACCAACCAGGAGGACGCGGGGCUGGAGGUGCACCAGUUCUACCCGCUGGUGAAGGUGCAGUGCUCGGCCGAGCUCAAGUUCUUCCUGUGCUCCAUGUACGCGCCGGUGUGCACCGUGCUGGAGCAGGCCCUGCCGCCCUGCCGCUCCCUCUGCGAGCGGGCCCGCCAGGGCUGCGAGGCCCUCAUGAACAAGUUCGGCUUCCAGUGGCCCGACACGCUGCGCUGCGAAAAGUUCCCGGUGCACGGGGCUGGAGAGCUCUGCGUGGGGCAGAACGCCUCCGAGCGCGGCACCCCCACGCCCGCCCUGCGCCCCGAGAGCUGGACCAGCAACCCGCACCGCGGGGGCCCCGGCGGCGGUCCCGGGGGCCCGGGGCCCGGCGAGUCCCGCGGGCGCUUCACCUGCCCGCGGGCGCUGAAGGUGCCCUCCUACCUGAACUACCGCUUCCUGGGAGAGAAGGACUGCGGGGCGCCCUGCGAGCCCGGCCGCCUUUACGGGCUCAUGUACUUCGGGCCCGAGGAGCUGCGCUUCUCCCGCACCUGGAUCGGCAUCUGGUCCGUGCUCUGUUGUGCCUCCACCCUCUUCACCGUCCUCACCUACUUGGUGGACAUGAAGCGAUUCAGCUACCCCGAGCGGCCCAUCAUCUUCCUCUCAGGCUGCUACACGGCGGUGGCCGUGGCCUACAUCGCCGGCUUCCUCCUGGAGGAGAGGGUGGUCUGCAACGAGCGCUUUGCCGAGGACGGUUCCCGCACCGUGGCGCAGGGCACGAAGCGGGAGGGCUGCACCAUCCUCUUCAUGAUGCUCUACUUCUUUGGCAUGGCCAGCUCCAUCUGGUGGGUCAUCCUCUCCCUUACCUGGUUCCUUGCUGCUGGCAUGAAGUGGGGCCAUGAGGCCAUCGAGGCCAACUCCCAGUACUUUCAUCUGGCCGCCUGGGCCGUGCCGGCCAUCAAGACCAUCACCAUCCUUGCCCUGGGACAAGUGGAUGGGGACGUCCUCAGUGGCGUCUGCUUUGUGGGCAUCAACAACGUGGAUGCCCUGAGGGGCUUCGUUCUGGCCCCCUUGUUCGUCUACCUGUUCAUCGGCACCUCUUUCCUGCUGGCUGGCUUUGUGUCCCUCUUCAGGAUCCGGACCAUCAUGAAGCAUGACGGCACCAAGACAGAAAAGCUGGAGAAGCUCAUGGUGAGGAUAGGCAUCUUCAGCGUUCUCUACACAGUGCCGGCCACCAUUGUCAUUGCCUGCUAUUUUUACGAGCAAGCUUUUAGGGAACAGUGGGAAAGGAGCUGGGUCACGCAGAGCUGUAAGAGUUAUGCCAUUCCCUGCCCCAACAACCACAGCGGCCACCACCCGCCCAUGAGCCCCGACUUCACUGUCUUCAUGAUCAAGUAUCUCAUGACCUUAAUCGUGGGCAUCACCUCGGGCUUCUGGAUCUGGUCUGGGAAAACCCUGAACUCAUGGAGGAAGUUUUACACCAGGCUCACCAACAGCAAGCAGGGCGAGACCACGGUCUGA